UAAAACCAUUGGACGUAUUGAUCGCAACGCCAAUGCGACCACUGGUGGCCGGUAUGCGGACAGAGCUUCAGUGCCGGUCGACGGGCUCCCGACCACCGGCGCAGAUAACGUGGUGGAAACACAACCAUAGGGUCACUACAGCCCGGGACUCACUUAUAAACGAUGGCAACACUAGCUUCUCAGUCGUAUCGUUUGUGCCGGCGAUUGACGACAACGGCAAACAACUGUCCUGUAGGGCAGACAACCUGCCGAUGCCUCACACGGCCCUCGAGGACAGCCGUGUGCUUAACGUAUACUUUCCGCCACAAAUAACGCUAUCGUUUGGGGCGAACAUACAGAAAGAGUCUAUACGCGAGGGCAGCGACAUAUACCUCGAGUGUCACAUACGGGCCAACCCGUGGAUCAAAGAGGUUUUGUGGCUCUUCGACAGCAAACCAUUGGUCACCACUCAGUCGUCCGGUGUUAUCGUUACCAACCAAUCGCUGGUCAUUCAAAAGGUUAGGCGUCAACACAGGGGUCAGUACCAGUGUAUGGCGUUUAAUAACGAGGGCGACUCAAUCAGCGACCCCAUAGAUCUGAGGAUUAAC